GUCUCCAAAUAAAAUUAUCUCCAAUUAUCUUUAAUCGGUCAGUGUUGUAAAGUUGGGUAUAACUUUAGUCCGGCUUUAACCUAAAACUGAACAGCCUCGUUCCUUUACAAGCCAAGCCGUUUGGCAAUAAACACUGAAAAUUACAGAACAACGUUUUCUCUUCAUUCAGUUCAUUGUUUUCUUCAAUCUAACAUAUAUUCUCUACCCUCUGCAUCUUCUAAGGACUCGGGAUUUUCUUUCUAAAUAAAUGAAGCAUAUUGUGAAGAUUUUGUCUAUACUGGUGGCCAUUGCUGCAUUCUGGAUUGGUCUCCUUCAUACAUCAAUAGUUCCACAAAGCCAGACUUGGCUGCUGCCUUUAUACUUGAUUAUAUCACUGGCAUGCUAUGGCCUAUUGAUGGUUGGCAUCGGUUUGAUGCGCUUUCCAACCUGCCCCCAAGAAGCAGUAUUGCUACAACAGGAUGUCAUUGAAGCGAAGGACUUUUUGAGGCAAAAAGGAGUUGACAUUGGUUCUGAUUGAUCUGUUUGCGCAAAUUCCGGCAAUUGGGAAGGGAACAAAAAGAAAGUGUGUUUUGAAAAAGGGUCUAGUAGCAAAAUCAAUACGGAUUACUAACUAUAAUUAGACACAAGCUUGAUGAGAAAUGCAGAGAAAUCUGAUUUGCUAAUUAACCUUACUUUAGGGCUGUUUGUAAUUUUUAUAGCCUCUCAUAUCUGAUUUGUUAAUUAGACAUACUUUAGGGCUUUUUGUAUUUUUUUAUAGCCUCUCAGUUAUAUACCGAUUCAUUUUUUGUUGUCUUUUGAAA